AGGGCACUGCGAUCACUGGGAUUUACUUCCUGAAACUGUUUAUGACAGAAGUGAGUGUCUCCGAGUUGCCGCACCGGAGUAAUGAUGUGCCAUGCCUACAGGAGACGCAGGGUGAAGGAAAUCUAGACAACAAAACUAACAGAUUUAUCAUCAUGACAGGACAUCCUGGGACUUGUAUAUACCAACACUGACUGGCAGCUGUCUAGGAUAGCAGACUGUUCUAGUGGCCACAUUUUAUAUUGAUAUAACUGUGAUAUAAACAAAACAUUCGUCAUGGGUUGUUGCCAAAGCAAGGACAAAAAUAAUGCCUCAAACGUACAAUUUUCUGAUAUAAACAAUAGUAAAACAGCAGAGGAAUCUACGGCAUCUACCGGCAAAACGAAAGAACGUUACACAGAGGAUCCGACGAAAUCCACAGGACGCCAAAACAGUGAACCUGCAGCCUCAUCAGCCCACAAGGGACAACUACGAGCUCUCUAUGAUUACGAUGCACGUGCGGAGGAUGAUCUGAGCUUUAAAAAGGGUGACCUACUCUUCCUUCUCGAUGACAGUGAUGCUGACUGGUGGCUAGCGAAACACACAGAUUCCAAGGAAAAUAACCAGGAAGGUGGUUAUAUUCCCCGUAACUAUGUGGCAAAGGAAGACACAUUGGAUGCCUAUGAAUGGUUCAUGGGAAGUCUCUCCAGAAAGGAGAGUGAACGACUCCUUCUAGGGCAUGGCACAGAGCCGGGCACCUUCUUGAUCAGAGAAAGUGAAACGAGCCCAGGUAAUUAUGUACUCUCUGUACAUGACCAUGAGGCCACCAAAGGGGACACAGUCAAACACUACAAAAUUCGCAACAUGGAUGACAACAAAGGCUACUACAUUGCAGCACGAAGGGUACUGGACAGUCUGCCAGAACUCAUACACCAUUACUCAGAAGGAUCAGAUGGAUUAUGUCGGAUGCUUACAAAACCAUGUCCAAAGCCAAAACCUGUUAUGGAUGACUUGUCCCGUGAAACUAAAGACGCCUGGGAGAUAAGUCGUAGCACGUUGGAAUUCUCAAAGAAACUGGGAGCAGGGCAGUUUGGAGAAGUUUGGAAGGGAUCCUGGAACAAGACCACAGAAGUUGCUAUCAAGACUUUAAAGGAAGGCUCAAUGACACCAGCUGCCUUCCUGGCUGAGGCUCACAUCAUGAAGCAGUGCAAACAUGACAAGUUGGUGCGACUGUAUGCCGUCUGCUCUGAACAGGAGCCAAUCUACAUUGUCACCGAGCUCAUGUCUCACGGCAGUCUUCUCGAUUACCUCAGAGAUGAUGAACGAAUGCUCAUCAAAUUUCCGCAGCUAGUUGAUAUAUCUGCACAGAUAGCCAGUGGCAUGGCAUUUUUAGAAGAAAAGAAAUUCAUCCAUCGAGAUUUGGCAGCUAGGAACAUCUUGGUUGGUGACAACAAUGUGGCCAAGGUAGCAGACUUUGGAUUGGCCAAAAUCAUCGAGGAUGACGAAUACAAUCCAAAACACGGUACAAAGUUCCCGAUCAAAUGGACAGCUCCCGAGGCUGCUUUGUAUGGCCGGUUCACAAUCAAAUCAGAUGUUUGGUCAUAUGGCAUCCUGCUGGUUGAGAUAGUGACCCAUGGGCAGGUCCCAUACCCAGGAAUGCCAAACAGAGAAGUCCUGGAGCAGGUGGAACGUGGAUAUAGGAUGGCUAAGCCACGGAACUGCCCAGAGUCUAUGUAUGAUAUCAUGAAAAAAUGCUGGGAUAAGGUCUCACAAAACCGACCAACUUUUGAGUACCUCUACAAUUUCUUUGACGAUUACUUUGUAUCCACUGAACCAAACUACAAGGAGUCGGAUGAAUUCUAAUGACGACAGGAGUUUGGUGUUAACAUGUGUUGAGAAGUCGGAAGGGAGAUUUGUAUGUAGCUAUACAUUCCAGUCCAUUUAGGGCAGACAAUAAAAAUGACAAUCGAUACACCAAUACAAAACAAUGAUUGACACUUACUGUAAUGAUACCUGGUCGACUGAAAGCUUGACAGUUUCAUUGAGAAUGGAACACCUGGAUAAUGGACGAGAUUAAAAAAAAAAAUCAGAUGAACAAUUUAUUGUACGAUGGAUUAUAUAACGAAAUAAUCAUGGAUACAGGUGUUUCAGUACCAAUGUGUGAGGUGUGACAUGUUGUGUAUCUGGACGGACGGACAUCCAAGGUGGAGGGGUAAUAGUUAGGCUGUUACGUUCAUGCUUCCAACAUCAAACACUCUUCAUGUUAAGUAGGAACAAUUAGUAAAACAUCAAUGAUAAGUACAGAAAUCUUCAGCUUGAAACUGCAAUAAACAAAAUUAUUAAUUCAAAUAUCAUUAGGUAGAUAACAAUAGUUUUGAUAAUUUACAAUUAUUUAUGAUCAUUUUAAAUGUUUUUUAUAAUGCUCUAUGCAAUGAUUGCAUAUUGAUUCCUCAGUAUUUUCUUAAUCUGUACAUACUCAAAUAAAAAUGUCUUAUUCAUGAUCCUUCAAAAACUUCUCUGCGACCCUUUCUACCUGAAAACUGGCAAGGCACUGGCCCCAGUCAAUUUACUGAAGACUCUGUUUUGGUGAGGAAGGGUAGGGAAGGGUACCUACUGUAUGAUACUUCCAUUACAGUACACUUAUGACAGCAUUCCUGGCCUUAGAAACCUGCUAUAUCCAUGCUGGAUUCUUCUAUCCAGAAAAAAACCCCAUUUCAGAUCAAGACUUCUCAUAUCUGUAGCUGUAAAAUUUAUUUUCAGUAGAUUAUUGUUUAUUCAGUGUAAAAAAGAUGUAAAUAAUGUUAAAGAAUGUGAAGUCAUGAUCACUUAUGAUAUAUUUAUCUACAAUAAGUCCAGAGUGCCAAUCCAUAGCCUCGGACUCCAUGGGGUGGGCUUUUAACAGGACAUGGAGAUAUCAGUUUGUUGGUAAUUCUUCUUCGGAACAGCAGUAGAAAAGGAUGGGCUUAUUACUAGACACGGGCUUAUUGCUCUAUGGAAGUAUGUAAUUGUUUGUAAUGGAUAGUACUGACAGCAUUUGAAUGACUAAAACUGUUUCUGAAGUUUGAAUGUGAAGAUGUGUUGCCACAUUCAGGUGCUCUGAAUCCCUAUUGGAGGUCAUAUUAAGUGAAAUUAUAUUUCGUGAAUGUUUGAUUUCAUUUUGUGCCUUUUUCUUUCUUUAAUUGAUAACAACAUACAUUGUUUUGUGGAGACUGUCCUCAUGCAGAAGAAAUUUUCUCUUCGAAUUGAAUUUUAUAUUACUUGGGUCUUCUAUACUUUGUCAGGGAUUCAACAAUGAAAUUUGAUUCAUUGAGGAGUUCAGGUGUUACUUUGACCAGAGGUUACCUAAUUAAGAGAUUGUACAAGGUCAAAGGUGAAGUAAGAAAACAGAGGUAAUUGCUGAGGUAACUGGUUCUAUUAUAAUUUGAUUAUAUUUUACAUGUUAACCUGUAUGUGGACCAAAGGAAAUGUUUGAUAUGUGUAAUAAUUAAGUGCAUAUUUUUGUAUCAUUUUACAUAUUUUUAUAAGUUUUUAGUGCAUAAUUCAUCCACUGUAUAUAUAUAAUGUAUAUAUCAUAUCUAUGUGUUGUUUUAGAAGUAGAUUUGUUAUAAACAGAUUAAUGCACAGCAUAUGAACAAUGUCAACAAUAUGUAACCAUACACUGAAUAAUAUAGAGUUUUUCUAAUGUAAACUUACUGCAAAUCCCAUUUAGUGUGCUAUUUUACUUAUUGUUUUUUUUAAAUCCAGUGAUUAUCCAUAUGGUAUCUCGGUAGUGUGUAGAUCCAAUCAGUUCAAUGUUGAUUGAAUAUUUCUUGAAUGUACAUCAUUCUAUAUCAAAUAGUUAAAUUUAACAAAGAAAACUGAUGAACAUGUAUGCAGUAGUCUACAACAACUUCUCAUUAUACUGCCACAAUUUGAUAUUUUGGCAUUGUAAAAUGAUUUGGCAAUAAAUUCAGAGACUUAAGGAAUCAGUACAAGUAAAAAAAGAAAAAAGAAUUAGGAUAUUGGUGGUAGUUCGAUGGCUAUACAGGAAACGAGAGGUUUUAAUCUCUGGAUUUACUAGAUAGAAAUGAGGGGUUUUGAUCUCUGGUUUUACUUGAUAGAAACAAGGGGGUUUCCUCUCAGGUUUUACUGGAUAGAAACAAGGGGUUUUAUAUAGACAUUUUAUGAUACACUGUAAUGUUUUUGUUUUACCAGUAGGGAAAAGUAAAAGACAGACAAUUACAUAUGUAGAUAUGAUUUCAGCCUUUGUGAAAUACUCUACAGGAAUUGAAUAGGUAGUAGAAGAUAUUGAGAUAAUCUGCGUUAACUUAGCACAUUUGUGUGUACAACAUGUACUGUUCUUGUACAUUUAUAAAGUUGUGUUCAAUUUUGUUGGGUUAUUUGAGGAGCAAAAGCAAAUGUUUUCAGUAUUAAAAUAGCAUAUUCAGCAUAUGUUCAGCAUAUAACAAUACUAUCUGUAUUUCAAAGGAGUUAUUUCUACUAUUGAGACCUUAUUAAGAAGCUGUGCUUCUUAAAGCAAUUAGAACACUAGAUAGUUUAUGAUAUAGUAUAUUGUCUAUGGGGGAAAUCUAGUUAACAUUUAAAAGUAUUUUUUGUGGGGGGAGAGAUACCGGAUGUUGGGGUAUAAUAUACUAUAUUGGGGAAGGGGGAGAAAAGUAGUUAAUGCUUGUGGGUGAGAGUAGGCGAGAGGUAUGGGGAAUGUUAUGUUACAGAUAUAGGUUUUGCUUGUUACUGUUUUGAUAAAUGGUUUUAAGCAUUAAAUAUAUAUGUCUCUAUUAACAAAUUAGUAAAAAUGACACAAGGAGUUAAUCUUAUGAUUGGAGAUCCUGGAAAUCCUGUAGUUAAAUUAAGAAACAAACCGUAUCAGAAAUUUGUAGCAUGUGUUGUUGCUGAGGUGAAUAAAAUAUUUCUCAUUUUUAUCAUAUAUAUAAAUAUAUAUAUUAUUUACAUUGAAAAUAUGUCAAUAUUUUAUGCAUGCUUGAUCUUAUUUUAACACAUUCCCAUAUCUGACAAAUAUUCAUGUGAUGUUGAUGUCACUAGUUAGUUCGGAUUUAAAUGUUGACGUUUAAAUUUUAAUCUGUCUUAAUUAAUAAUUAAUUUUAAACUGAAAUAAAACACGACCAUAACAAAAGAAAGAAAAAAAAUUUAAAUGAUUACCAAUAUCUGUAGUUUUAUAAAAAGUAAGAGAUGUAUUUCAUUCAAAGAAAAAAAAAUGCAGUAUAUUUGAAGUGUUUUUUUUUUCUUAAUGCUGUUAUGAAACAAAGUAUAUAAUGUACAUUUUAUUUACAUAAGCAAUCAAAGACUAAUGGUAGACAGAUACCUGGUAGUUCCAUUUCUGCAGUGACAUCUUCCUUUGUAAAGAUUCCUGUAGAUCUGUUUAAGAGAUUAAAAUGCCAUCAAUAUGGAAUGUAAUGUUCAAUGUUUAACCAAAUGAAAAUGUGUAUGUGAUUGUGUAAUGUUUUAAAUCCAUUAAAAGUGAUACAUGUAGUUUAUUUAUAAUCUUUAAUGCUUAUGGACUGCUUUUUGGUAUUAUGUGUAUGAUGUACAAGGUCACCAGGGAUGAUCAAAGGUCACUCGCAUACAUUCAUGGUCUGUUCAAAGUUUACGUAAAAUGUACUGGUUCUGGACUUACUGAUUUAUAUAAAUGCUUUCAAGCAAACUUGAUUAACAUAUUCUUAAACCUAUAUAUUUUAAGAGGCUAUCUGACUAAAUGCUCAAAAUUGUUCUCUUGGAGGGGCUGGUCUCCUAUGUAGGUUUUAUUAGUAGCGUCUGCUAAAUGUUUCUGGGUAAUUAUUUCGUUCAGUGGAUUUGGUCAAUUUAAACAGAAUGCUGUGAUCAGUUCCUGAAUGAUAUGUGAGUGACAGUGUUGAUGGUAUAUUACUGACACAAUAGAAGACCAUAUAUAUAUACAGGUGAAACCAAGGAAACAUCUCUAUGGCUUCUAAAUGGAGUCAAUAUUAUACCAAAUGUAUUGCUUCAAGGACAUCUUUGUCUGCAAUGAAAAAUGGUUGAGAGCUGUUAUGCAAUGACCUUCGUAUCUAUAGAAACAUCAAUAAUGAAUUCCUCUAAAUUUUCAUCCAAUUUCUGUUUUGACCUGGACAGUGUAACUGUUUUGUCACCAGUUUCCCAGUGGUUAACAGAUGUGUAUCGGAGACUUUAAUAUCUAUUUUGGUUGAUGUAGGGGAGGUAACUCUAAUGCAUAUAUUAAUUAUCUGGAUCUGACAAGGAGCACUUUGUUGCAGUCCAUUAUGAUAUUUACUCUGCAGGUUGAAUGGUUACCAGGUAACAGCUCUGAACCAAUAAUUUCUGGACAUUCUUGUCCGAGAUACAAUUGCUUCCCACCGCUGCUAAAUAAUCAUUGAUAAAUAUCUCCCAUAUGUCAUGUAUGUCAUAAAUAAAACUAUCUGACCAUGAA